ACAAAGCAAAGUUGGGUCCACUUUUCGUGGUUGAGCGUUGAUCACUGUAAUACCAGUAGUUAAAAUAUAUCGAUGACGUCCGGGGUAAAAGAUGAAAAAGGAUAUUCACCUACUGAUAGAUAUAAUUUGGUGUAUGUAAUAUUCUUUAUGUGUGGUUUGGGAGGGCUCUUACCAUGGAACUUCUUCAUUAAUGCACAACGGUAUUUUGAUUACAAAAUGAGAGACAAGACCCUCCCUCCAGACGCUGAUUACACAGACCCCAAAUAUAUGACACGUUCUCAAGUUCUGUUCGGCAGCUAUUUGGCAGUUUGCUCUUUGGUCCCUUUAUCCAUCAUGAUGGUUGCCAAUUUACUGCUGAUGAAAUGGUUCUCCCCGUUUUCCCGAUUUGCUGUUGGUAGCGUAUUGGUGUUCAUCGUGUUUCUCAUCACGGUUAUCAUUGUUUAUAUUGAUCUCAGCGCUUAUGCGUUUUUGUCCAUAACACUUAUUUCGGUUGUGUUCCUUAACUGUGGUAGUGCUCUUGCUCAAGGUAGCGUAUUUGGUGUAGCAGCCAUACUUCCUUCCAAACAUAUGAAGGCUGCUUUAGAAGGACAGGCUGUAUCUGGUAUUCUUGCAUCUCUGGCUAAUAUUGUAUCUAUUGCGGCUUCUUCCUCAGCGACCACUAAUGGGUUAGUUUACUUUUUGGUCGCUCUAGUUUUCGUCACCGCUACAGCUGCUUUGUUCUUGGUUCUUCCUAAAAACGGCUAUUUUAAAUAUUACUGGGACAAAAAAGACUCACCAGAUAAAAAUAAUAUUGAAUCUGAUCCAUCAUUAAAAGGAGUGACUAAUGAUUGUAAUGAAUCUCAAGAACUAGUUAUUAGCAUAAAUAAGAGUGGAAUUUUAUCAACAAUGAAAGAGACAUUUCUUCCUGGAAUUUGUGUUUUAAUCACAUUGAUGAUUACUCUUUCACUAUUCCCAGCAGUUGUAGCACGUAUCAGACCUAUCACAGUUAUCCCUCAAGAUCUUUGGACAAAUGUUUAUUUUGUGCCAGUACUUGUGUAUCUUUUGUACAAUGUUGGUGAUUGGUGUGGAAGGAUGCUAGCCGGCUUAAUAAAAUGGCCUAGAAGAAAUCAAAUGCUAAUAGUCUUGUUAUUAUGUGUUCUACGUGCUGCUAUCAUCCCAUUAUGUAUGCUGUGUAAUGCACAACCUAGAAAUUAUUUACCAGUCAUAUUUAAACAUGAUAUUUUCCCAGCAUUCAUGAUUCUAUUUUUGGGACUAACUAAUGGUUAUUUAGUAUCGAUAUCAAUGAUACAUGGACCAAGUUUCGCAUCACCUGGUAACCAAGAAUCCGCUGGUGCAGCUUUAAGUAUAUACUUAUCUUUUGGAUUAUCACUUGGUGUUGCCAUAUCAGUUGGUUUAGUACAAGGUUUAUGAUUGUACGCGCGUUUGUCAGUGACUUGAUUUUAUCCAUGCAUCCGUCACAAAACAGUUAAAAAACAAACAACUGACCUUUUUUGGUCACAUAUUACAUAUAUUUUCAUUAUUAAUUGCUUUGCAAAAAACAAAAAUAAAGAAUUACAGUGUCUGAAUUUACUACUUCUAUGAAUGUACAGAUGACAACAUUGAACAAGUACUAUUCUCCACGAUUGUUGAAGGUGAUUCUGAUUUUGAAUGUUCACUGUCUUCCUUGGGAAAUGAUGGUUGUAAUUUUGAUCGGAAAAAAUCAAAUAUAUGAUGUAAUACAGUACUAGG